AUGAACAACCAGCCGCGGACCCCAGCCCCUACCCCGGCCCAGGCCUCGACUCCAGUCCGGGGUUCGACUCAGCGCAGGACCUCCAUUCAGGUUCGGACUCCGACUGCGAGCCCGAACUCGGGCCCGACCCGGAUCACGACUCUGGUCCGGACGCCGGCUCUCAUCCAGACCCUGACCCCCAUCCGGACCCCAACUCCGGUCCGGACCCCAACUCCGGUCCCGCCCUCAACUCCGGUCCGGACCCGAACUUCGGUCCGAACCCCAACUCCGAUCCCGCCCUCAACUCCGUUCCGGACCCCAACUCCGGUCCCGCUCUCGACUCCGGUCCGGCCCCCGACUCCCGUCCGCCCCCCGACUCCCGUCCGGCCUCCGACUCCUGUCCGGGUCCCGACACCGAUCGGGACCCCGACACUGAUCCGGUCCCCGACUCCGGUCCAGAUCCCAAUUCCGGACCCGAUCCCAACCCCGAUCCCAUCUCGGGUCCUGAUUCCUGCCUUGGAAUCCCUCCCUGACUCGUCUCUGCCUUCGGGCCCGCCCCUGGAACUUGAACCCACGCUCACUGUGUCACCUGCCAAGAAUCUUGAGCCAAGCCCGAGGGUGAAGCAAGUUUCAUCAGCCGCCAGUGGAUUUCCUCCCAUCCAAGAGCCCCUUCCUGCUCUUACUCCAUUGGCCACCGAUUUGCGGUCCCCAUCCCGCGGGUCCCCUCUGAGGACAGACCCAUCGACCACCAAGUUGAUAGCUUCUUCUUCUGGACAUGUCCCAGGGACGCCCAUCCUAGGGGCCAUCCAGGCCAUCUUACCGGUUCCUGCCACCGCAUUAGCCUCCAUCAGUGGGAACCUCAAAGCGGAAAACAAGAUCAUGGUUCGAGUGGUUUACUGUGGCCUCUGAAGCUACAGCCUGCGGUACAUCCUACUGAGAAAGAGUCUGGAGCAGCAAUUUCCAAACUCUCUAAUCUUCGAGGAAGAAAUAUCUGCCCAGGCUACAGGGGAGUUUGAAGUGUUUGUGGAUGGGAAACUGAUACAUUCAAAGAAGAAUGGUGAUGGCUUUGUGGAUGAGGCCAAGCUACAGACAAUUGUGAACCUGCUCAAUGAGGAGUUCAAGAAAAGUGUAGCAGGCAACUAGUGGGCUGGAGG